AUGUCUAAGCUUUUAGGAAGAAUAGGCACGACCAAGCAAGCGUUUUCCUUUGAUAUCACCAUCCACUCUCUGCAGCUUCACCUCACUCAGCCAGUCCGCAUCAACAUAGUUUGAAAGCGAAGUAAACAAUAAUUAGGGAAAAAACGUGCUGAAACCAAAAACAAGCACGCUCUCUCUCCUGCAUCUGGAACAGUCGAAAUCGAGGAAACGCUGACAAUGAUAAACACUCUUUAUCAAGAGAAAUCUGGCAGAUUUAAAAAUAAAAAAGCUGUUCUAUCAGUCCAAGCCAUUAUUGGAGAUAAUGGUAUGAAAAAGGUUGGAUCCUUAGAGCUUAAUAUUUCUGAAUUUCAUAAUACGCCUUUAGACCAUCAUUAUUUUACUUUAGAAUCAUGCCCAGACAGAAGCUCAAAAAUUUGUAUUUCAAUAAAAGCUCAGCCUUUAGGAGACUCAGCAUUUACAGAUAAUGCAAGUGAAGCUUCAGGGUUUUCAGGGAUUAGUAUGGGAACUGAAGGUGAUUAUAAAGGACAGCUGUUUUCAGAAGACGAUGUUGCUGAAGAACAAGAAGCACUCGCCCCUAAAAUUAUUCCAGGAAGCCAUGGAAAGCCACCUUUAAUGAAAUCGCAAGGGCUUAAGCUGCCAGAAGCUUUGCCAACCUAUAAAAUCAGAGUUGAAAACGAAAAAUCAGAAGAAGACAGCUUAAAAAUCACAGAACUUAAAGCCAAAAACUCUAUAUUAGAAAAAGAAAACACCAGCAUUAGGAAUGAAAAAGAUGAGCUAAAAAUCCAGCUAGGCAUUGUAUCAGAAAAAGCUAUAAAAGAGAGAGAAAAUUUAAUUGAGCAUAUCAAAGGGCUAGAUGCAGAGCUAGAAUCAUUAAAAUCAAAAAAUGAAAAAUUUAAUAGGAAAAUUGCAAGAAGAGACGAAAAAAUAUUAAAUUUGAAAGCAACUAACCAAAAUUUAUUAGCAGAUUUAAAGGAAAUUGAAAGAAGAAGUGUUGAAAGCACAGAUAAUAAAGAAAAAUUAAAAAGCGAAUUUUCAAGCUUAAAGGAGUGCUUAAAAGAAUCACAAGAUAACAGUCUUAAAUUGCAAAAACAGCUAGACCUAGCUAAAUACGAAAUUACUAGCUUACGUACCAGCAAUGAAAAUUUAAAAGAAAUAAUAGAGCAGCAAAAAGCAGACAUUUUGCAUCUCAGACAAGCUAUAGCAGAAACUCGUGACAAUAUGAGUUCAAGAGGAAAUGAGGAAAACGUUUUUGCAAACUAUAAAAAAAAUACAGAGCUUUACAUAAACGAUCUCAAAAGGCAGCUGAAAUCUAUGGAGCAAGAAAAAGAAGACGCCCUAUCAAAACAGUCUGAGCUCGCUUAUCAACUCCAAGGCAGCAAAACAGAAAAACUAACAAUUGAAGAAAGGCAUAGAGAACAAAUUCAUGAGCUUGAAAACGAAAUUCAAAAAUUAAAAGAUGAAAAUAUAACACUUGUUGAUAAGCUUGAGGAAGAAGGCCAGAAUAAAAAACUGAUGGAAAGAAGAACAACUAUGAUGAGCAACGACGCUGAUCUAAAGCUAAAAAGAAUGACAAGCAAUUUCCAAGAAAUGAAAGCCAAAAAAGAAGAACUUGAACAAAUGCUAUAUGAGUAUCAAGGAAAAUUAAAAAUAAAAAUCACAGAAACUGAAAAUGCAGGAAUGCAAAAUUUAGCUGAGCAGCUGGCUAAUAAAGAUAAAAUCAUAGAAAAGCUUAAAGCGUCGCUUAAAGACAAAGAAAAAGAGCUUGCAGAAAUAUACUCGAAUAAAGAAGUUAUAGAAAAUGAAAAUUAUACUUUGAGAGAACAGAUAAAAAGAGCUACGAUUACUGAGUUUUCUGAUCCUGCAAAUAUUAUUUUGCAAGAGCAAAUUAAUGAGCUUGAAAAAAGACUGCAGAGUCAAGAGUUAGCAUUUAAUAAAGAAAAAAAUGAGCUGCAAGGGACUAUUGAGGUCCUUGAAAAAGAAAUCGAAAUAUUAGAAAUCGGCAAAAAAGCUGAUACAGAAAAAUUCGAAAACCAAAUAAGCAAAAUAAUUGUACAGAACCAGAUUUUAACUCAACAAGUAGAGAGUAAUAAAGGCCCAGUUAAAGAAGAGAAAAACACUAGCAGUUUAGAGCUUAAAAUAAUGGAAGAAAAUUGUAAGCAAAGCUUGCAAUUAGUGCAGCUAGAAAAUAACAGCUUAAAAGCUAAACUAAGCCAGCUUGAAGAAGAGCACAAAGGCUUGGAGAAAAAGCAUCUUGAUAUGAAAUUAAGCUGGGCCAAUGCUGAUAUAGAGAAAGAGACAAUUUUACAAAAAUACAGAGAAGCUCAGGAGCAGUUAAGAGAAUACUCCUCACAGUUUACAGCUAUGGAAGUUGAGCUUUAUAAAGUCAAUGAAAGAUUUGGGAUAACUCUUAACCAAAACAAUGAGCUUGAAUUAGAGUUGCACAAGCUGAAACAAAAACUCAAUGGAAAAGAAAAGAAAAAAUAG